CGCGCGGCCCGAGCUUUUUACCGCAAUGCAUCAGUCCGUGCGUCGUUGCGAGCGUCACUGGGAAGUCCAGAGCUCACCGAACACAUGAACGACCCGCCAGAUCACUGAUCAUAUUCAUUUCUCUAUCGCACGAGGAUCAAAUAUAUAAAAGAGGCAAGUUAAUGAACGAUCUGCAUGAUUUUAACGAAUAUGCAUUGUGUCUAGAGGACAAUACUGAUGGACGUAAACGUAUACGUGCUCGUGCACGUGCUAUAUGCGCACAUAUGAUAUCAAGAUGAUUGAAAUGAUUAAAUGAAGGUGCAGUAUCAGAUCUUUAUUAGUUAACUGUGAGAUUAACAUGAAAGACUAGUCUCAGGUCUGAUGAUCAUGUGUUUGUCAAACUGUGAUUUAUUUGAUUUUAAAGACUGAUGUAAGAGAAAAGCAAUAAAGCUUUGAAUAGUACAAUAAUUGCGAGCCAAAGAAUCACAGCCUGUUUAUGCACAUUUGAAUGAAGCACGUGCCACUGGCCUCUUUUUGCACACUGGACAUCUUUAGAUACUAGUUAGAUGCUGCUAGCUUAGUCCUUUGCCUUUGAAGUACGUCCUGAGGUGGAUCAGGGGCUCUCCUGAAGCUCAUCUGAUGGUCAGGUUAUGAAGAUACAUCACUGUGGUAGGAACUAGAGUCGGUCUCGGUCAUCACAGCCUCUUUCAUCACGAUGGACUUGUUUAUCAGACGGCUGCUGGUCCUCUGUGUCCUCUGCUCGCUCUCAGUGUCUCUGUGCAGCGGCGCGUGUGCAGAGGUGGACUCAGACACGGAGGCUGUGGCCGGUCACAUCUUUAAACUCGGCUGCAUUUCCUGCAAGAUGCGAGGAGAAGUGGAGGCCAAGGCCACUGUUGACUGGCACUUCAGAGCUCGAGGAGAAACAGACUUUGUGCAUAUUUACACUUAUGACGGGGAGAUCCCUAACAUCAUCGAUGAGCGCUUUCAGGAUCGAGUGGAGUGGCACGGAAGUAAGAACACACUCGACCUGCAGGAUGCGUCCAUCAACCUCCAUAACGUUACGUUCAAUGACUCGGGCAUUUAUCGCUGCGUCUUCAACCGAGUCCUCACUUAUGAGCAUUAUGAAUUCUCCACCAUCACCAGUAAAGAGGUUCAUCUCACCGUGGUGGCCAAAGCCACACGUGGAAUGGCGUCUAUCGUGUCAGAGGUGAUGAUGUAUGUGUCCAUCAUUGGGCUGCAGCUCUGGCUGCUGGUGGAGAUGAUCUACUGUUACAGAAAGAUUGCAGCUGCAGGAGAGGAAGCUCUGAGAGCCAGCGCUGCGGAGUAUUUAGCCAUCGCAUCAGAGAGUAAAGAUAACUGCGCUGGUGUGCAGGUAGCAGAAUAACACAGGUUUUUUCAAGACGCUCCUUUCUUCUCAUCUUCUGGACUGUGUCACUGCGUCUUGUGACCAAGCACUAAUUCUUCUUUCAACCUGUUUUAUAACCUUUUCUUGCUACCUUACCUGAAGUCUUCUAUAUCGCAUGAGUUUAAUGCAAUGCAUGGUGUCAGACCCUUUUCAUUACACCUGCACACGACAGACAGUCUACCGUACCAACGAUCAACAACUGAAUGCGGUUACCUCAAUUUACUGCAAAAUUCCCCAAUGUGAAAGUGAAAGUUGCAAUACUUGGAUUUUGCACUAGAGAUCAGUAAAGAGCCAUGAGUUGUCUGCUAUUGUUGGAAUGUACGGAGGCCAUAUAGACUAUAAAUAUAUCUACAGUAUAUACUGUAAACUGCUCUGAAAGCCAAACGAUGUGCAAUGCUAUAGUUGCAUGAGCUAAUAUGAAUGCAGCAUCUGUAUUCUGGGAAAUAUAAGUAUUUCAUGUAUUUAGUUUAUGAAUGAAAAUGUCUCAUAGAUGCUUCGAGCACUAUAGAUAAGCUAAAGAAACCGGAUAGAGUUUAUAAUCUUCAGAUUUAGAGUUGCAUACGGGUUUAAUAUAUACAGUAUGAGCAUUCAUGCCACUCAAACAUGAGCACAUGUGAAUACAGCACUCCUUUCUGAAUGUAGCAAUGUUAAAAUUCUGCUCUGCAAGAGCUGAAUGUUUGAUUCAAUAGUCAUUACCACAUGCUGAAAUGCAUUGUGGGUAAGUGCAUUAAGAAAUAUCACAGCUCAUAUUCCUCCCUGAGAUUUAGCUCCUGCAUGCCCACACUGCAGACGAUCAAUGCAGGUGUCCUAUAACAAACCUACUCACCUAAAAUAGGAUGUUUGUGCUCACGAGUAGAUGAUAUAAUGUGAGAUUCUGUGAUAUUAAAUACAGAAAUGAAUGCUGGGAAACAGCGCCGUGGGUGGACGUGGAGAGAGAGAUGUGAAAAUUAAAAUGAUUUCAAAUGAA